AGCUACCAGGCUGAAAACCACAACUCCCAGAAUGCCACUCGGAGGGGGGCAGGAACAGGAAGUUGGCCCGGAGGCGGGGCCUGACGUGCGCCGCCGAGACUGCGCGAGGUGAGGGAUUCAGGACAGAAGACUAAGCACAUGGACUGGAAAUUGGAAGGGAGUGCUCGGAAAACAGACUCACGCGUGCUGCAGGAGCAAGAAGUCAUCCUAGAGGACACAGGUGAAGACAGCAUCUCUGAAAGCUUCCGGCUUCUACAGAUUGAUGUGGAAUGUGAGCAUCUGGAGGGAGAGACACUGCCCACAGGCAGUGCAAUGUGGUGCUCAAAAAACGUCCAAAGAAAACAGAGACACUGGGAAAAGAUAGUUGCAGCAAAGAAGAGCAAAAGAAAGCAAGAAAAAGAAAGAAGAAAGGCCAAUCGUGUAGAAAAUUCAGGCAUCUGCCCCCAGCACAGCAAACGUUUUCUGAGAUCCUUAACCAAGGAGAGACUUUUGGAAGCCAAACACUCAGGACCAAGACUCUGUAUUGAUUUGAGUAUGACCCACCACAUGUCUAAGAAGGAGUUAAGUAGACUGGCUGGACAGAUCCGAAGGUUGUAUGGUUCAAAUAAAAAAGCUGACAGGCCAUUUUGGAUCUACCUCACUGGAUUCACAACAGACAGUCACCUAUAUGAAGAAUGUUUGAGGAUGAAUGAUGGAUUUUCUAGUUACCUGCUAGACAUAACAGAGGAAGACUGCUUUAGUUUAUUUCCUCUGGAAACCCUUGUGUACCUGACUCCUGAUUCAGAACAUGCUCUUGAAGAUGUUGAUCUAAACAAAGUUUACAUCCUUGGUGGACUUGUGGACGAAAGCAUCCAGAAGAAGGUGACAUUUCAAAAAGCCCAAGAGCACUCUGUCAAGACAGCCCGCUUGCCAAUCCAGGAAUACAUGGUCAGAUGCCAGAAUCGGAAAAACUAUCAUUCAGAGAUCUUGGCCAUCAAUCAAGUCUUUGAUAUCCUAUCUGCAUACUUUGAGACUCAAAACUGGCCUGAAGCAUUGAAGAAAGGAGUUUCUUCCAGAAAAGGCUACGUUCUUCAGAACUCAGUGGAGUGAUGGACAGACAGCCUAAGAAGUUGCAUGGGUGGGGAAGUUGCUGAAGGUGCCUUGACCGAAAAGCGGAGCAGAGGGUGGCAAUGGCACACACUUGCCUUUACUUGACAUCCUGGAUCUUCACUAGAAUAGAAGUUACUAAUAACAGGGACCAUAUUUUACACUCUUUUCUAUCUCCGAGUGCCUGGCUCACAGGAAGAGCCCAGAUAUAUGACUACGUAAAAAGUUUACAUAACCAGGAAUUAGCCCAAAACUACAUGGCUUUGGAUGUAUUAAUUCAUCUUUUAUGUACCUAUUUGUGAAAUACCUAUUCUUUAGAGAUAGCUUAAAUAAUUAAAUAAUUAUUGUAUUGAGUUUAAUUUUCACUCAACUGGUAUCAUCAAGUUGUAGCACUUUCUCCAGUCUCCUCUGUUCAUGGUGAUUUUCCCCAACUCAGCAAUACACUCUAUGUGUUUUGCAGGAUCCUAACCUAGCCCUGCUUUAAGCCCCCAUAGCACUUUGUUCCCACUUGUAGCUCCCACCCUGUCUCUCCUGCUCUGAGUAUGGAGUGGAGGGUUACUCUCUUCCUAAAGGUAGCCUCCUAACAGGACACUUUGUGGGAGUAUCUUUGUAUCUUUCUGAGCCUUGUGCAAACUAGUUUCUUCAUAUAUAUUUAUAGUCAACAGGCAGAAUUGAAGAGCAAAAACACAGUAUUGGUAAGUCUAACGUAAAAAUAACCAGAAAAGAAAAAAAGUAACCAGAAAAUACAUUGCCUCUGACGCAAGUAUGUUGGAUAACCUUUCAUUACACAAUCUCAGUGAUCCCUUUUCUCAGGUCUUAGUUACAUAUAGUUGCUUCAGUUACUCUGGCCAGCUUGGGUUAGUAAACUUGAAAGCUAAGCAGUUAGCAAAUUCAGAGAAUAUAUUCUGUAGCUCCAAAGAACCAAAACGUUAUUUCUCUGCUCUCUCCCCUCCCUUUCAUGAUUUAAUCCUAAAGGAGCUAUCAUCACUUGAUAAAUUCUAUCAAUAUCUUUGUAUUAAAAACAGCCCAGUCUUCAGGAAACAUCUUUAGGAAUAUAUAAUGCUCCUUGGUCUUUAUCACCGUAUUAAAUGAGUUCUAUAAUCUCUGUCAUCCAAAAGGGACCUCCUAUGGCUAGGCUUCAGGGAUGACUCUUAUCAUACUCUCAGGGAGGUCUCUGACCUCUGAACACUGACCUGGAUCAUCUGCCAGGCUUCAUUUUUACCUCUAAAGGCUUUGCUUACAAUAAUCAAAUGGCAUGGAAGAAUUUCCUCUCCAACGCUAUCACUUCUACCAUUUUUUUUUAAAGCCUAGGCAGGAAGUUUUGGACUUGGCUUCAGAGAUCCUCAUCUGUGUUAUUUACAGAACCAACAAAAAGCUGGAUAUAUGCAAAAUAUCUUAACAUGAACAUUAAAUAUUCGAUAACUAUUUCAUUUUUAAUAGCAAUCAUAUAAGAAAUACAUCAAACAUUGAAGUGGACAAAGAUUACAAAGUAGUAUAUAAAGUAUAAUCCUAUAAUUUCAAUUUAAAGAAUAUUCACAUACAUUAUGUCUAUAGUGCAUUUGCUUCUUUAUACUUUAUGUAUUCUCAUUUUCUCUGGUGAACAUGUUUUACUUUUACCAGAAAAUAAUGGUUAUUUUAAUGCUUAAUUCCAGUUUAUUAUAGAAGCUGCGCUUCAGCCAAAUUAAAGGAGUUAACACCAAAUAAACCUUAAUACUUUUAGUAAA